UCAAAAAUACAAAGUCCGCGUGCAAGCUGAUAAUUUGACUUGCUUUUUUUGUGCUGUUUUUGGAGAACGAUCGUGUUGUCAGUGGAAAUAAUAGAAAUCAUGGUACCGCCUUCCUAUUCAUUGCUUUAUGCACCCCUACCUUCCGUGCGCACGCUCCCCGAUGUCCGUAUUAACAAGAAAGUGGAUGUCGAUCACGACCAAUACUUGACUCGUCUCGGUAAAUUAUGUAAAGGCUUCGGUUCACGGCGGCAGUUUUGGAUCGACGUUACCAUUCUGGAUCGGCUACAUUACAAAAACAUUAACCAGCAUCGCCAUUUCAGCCGAUUCCGUCGAGCAGCCGAGGCCCGACGAUUGAUCAAGCGCUUCAAAAGUCUACAAAUAGACAAGAUUGUCACCAACUUUUAUCUAGCGUUCUGGGAUGCUUCAAACCUACAACAAUGUACGGGAAAAUGGAAUUACAUCCCUAGCAAAGAAUUUUCAGAAUAUACCAUGCAUCGACUCAUAGCAGCCGCACUUGUGCUAGACAAGCUGCAAAUGGUUUUGAUCGAAACGUACAGAGAGCAUACCACGCUUCUCAGAUUAGAACAUUUUGUAUCGUUAGCUGUAGUAUAUAUGAGCGUGACGAGUCGGCUGUAUACUCUGACGCACACAUGGGUGAAACAAAUCGAAGAAUGCUAUGAUAUGCUACAGAAAUGGCAUGAAGCAUUUCCAUACGGGAUGAAGCAAAAGGCCCAAGCAGCCUUCUUUGAAAAGACAAAUCAGAAAUGCAGUGUAUCCACAUUUCGAGAAGCCCGUGAAAAAGCACUGAAACACGCUUCCAACGAACGCAUUUCCAGUAAGCAUCCAAUCCAUCUGGCAACUGAAAUGAUACUGCAAUCGGUACAAUCACAACCCACUUUGAUGGAAACUGCCAAAUCAAUUGCCGCUGAACAUGGUGUAGAGGAACAAAUGGAUUUUGAGGAUCUGGGAGAAAUCAUUCAACGGGACUGAACCACCACACCUUAUUAAAAAAGUAAAUGCUCGACGAUCGAAUGAUGGAGAGAGAAUUCCAAAAAAGGGCACGGGUUCCGAGGGAAACGAAUGAGGAAAUUAAGGUUACAAUAACGCAUUGUAUAAAGUAUGAAUAAAAUCAAACUCAUCGGGUAUGGAGCAUUAUAC